AGUAUUUAUACGCUCCAUACCCGUCGUUCUUCUUCUUCCCAGAUAACACUUCGAAACUGUAAGAGCUUCGAGCGUAGCAACAGAGCAGAGCGAUUAUGGGUUUGAAGGAGGAUUUUGAGGAGUAUGCUGAGAAGGCAAAGACCUUGCCGGAGAAUACAAGCAAUGAAAACAAACUCAUUCUCUAUGGACUAUACAAGCAAGCCACUGUUGGACCUGUUAACACCAGCCGGCCUGGAUUGUUCAACCAAAGAGACAGAGCCAAAUGGGAUGCCUGGAAGGCCGUUGAAGCAAAAUCCAAGGAUGAUGCUAUGAACGACUAUAUCACCAAGGUGAAACAGUUGCAAGAGGCAGCUGCUAGUAGCUGAUGAGCACAUCUCGAAUAUCUGUAUGGACAAUCAUGUUGAAAUAAUCUUUGUUUAAGUUUACUACUUUAAUCAUCGUAUUUAUCUAUCUAAAUUAUGCCACAAGGAACUAUGUGCAAGUACUAUUAGUCUAUUACUGUCACAUUUUGCAGAUUCCUCUCA